UCCUGGAGGUUGUUUCUUCUAUCAUUUUAUAGUGCCUUCUUUGUUUAGUCUAAUCAAUCUUCAUCUUGUUCCAAUUCAUGUCCAUUUUUCUUUAAACACCUUCUAAGCUUGGAAAAUAAUAACACCAGUGAUUGCUGAUAUCUCAUUUGCUGAAUCACAAUUCUGUUAUAGAGAUCGUAAUUACCCUUUGUCAUAAGUACUUUUUACAUGUUAAAAUGAGACAAAAUCCAACAUUAUUAUGCAACUAAUUAUUUCAUUAUAGUGCAUAAAUGAUAUCACAGAAAUAUUUUAUUUUAAGAAAAGCUGGAAAAUAUAUUCUAAAACCAAAGGCUCUGUUACAAUUCUACUGUGAUGAGAAAGAACAAGAAAGGAGUAAUGCAGCAUUUAUCAUUCAAAAAAUCUGGAAAAGAUGGCUGGAUAUGGGCGUGUUUGAGUACUAUAAAGAGCUUAUAGGCUUUAAACAAUAUGGGGAACCUUCCCAUCUUAUGAAGUACAUUGAACCUAGAGAGGCAGAAUUGUUAGACGCUGCAGCAGGAGUUCAUAUCAAAUUCAGACUAGGUGGGGAAAAGUUUCCUCCGAGCAUAUAUUAUAAAAUAUUUACUCACCGGCCUAUUGUGGAUAUUUGUGCAAAUAGUCCCAAAAACUACACAAAGACUGCAACGAAACCAAGUCCCAGAAAGCUGCAGAAUGGGAGCUUCAGUGAAAGUAGUAGCAACUGGUAUAAACGCAUCGAGAAUAAUGGCUGGAGACUUCUUUCCAUUAGAUAUUGGAAGGGUACGGAUCCUCUAACAGUGAAAGGCAAUACUAGAACACAGGAAUUCCAUCAUUCCAGUCUGCAGAGGAAACGGGACAUGGAAAAAAGAAAAAAGAGGAGAAAAAUUGAAUGGCUGAAAAAAAUGUACUUUGGAGAAAAUCUGCAAGCUAAAACUGAGAAUCCUGCAACAACUGUUCUAAUUCAGAGAGCAACAGAAGGGUUAAUCAGCUCCCUGGAGAAGGAAGGAAUAGAUAAAGUGAUGGAAUGGGAAGUAGAUGAAAUGCUAAAGUGGACAAAUGCGUUGAAUUAUGACGAAUAUGUUAAACUAUGGAAGGAAAUUGGAACAAGCAAGAAUUCAGAAAGUUUUCAAGGUUUCCGCUUUACUCAACAACGCUGUGUUUCUGAAUUGGUACCACAGACAAUCGAAGAAAUAAUGCAGUCUCAGAUGAAUGUAGACUAAAAGAGAGACCUAUCAACUCACUUUAAUAGUUUUAGAUGAAAAAAUAACACAUCUGACAACUGAACACUCAUCAGUCACAACAAUAUCAACAUAAAGCUUCAGAAGACAAAAAUGAAAACCAGAUAUAAAAAGAUGGAAUAUCUUUGUGUGUUUGCCUAAUUA